AUGGCCGGAGCCACUACUUCGGCCGCGGAGAUGAUCUCGCAGCUUGAGGCGGCGCGUAAGCUCGCCCUCGCCGAUUCGCAAGUAUACAAUCAAGUCCUACCGGGGAUUCUACCUAUCAUCGGUCCCGCCGCCCAUAUCGAAGUUCGAAGAUGGGGAGCCGACUUCCUUGCCGAAGCUUUUGCGAGCCCGUCGCUGUCGAAUGCGCAGAAAGAACAAUUGUCGCCAGAGGUUAUGCCCACGCUUCGGGCCAUGCUGGAGGGACCAGGGGAGGAUCUUGAAGUGAUCAAGAGCGUGGUUCAGGCGGCAGCUAGUCUAUACCCAUUGGUAUUCAGAAGAAUAAUAUCGCAUCCCAAUGAGAUCGCACUCUGGCAGGACAUGACUAGCAUGAAGUUGAACAUUUUGCAGCGAAUGGACUCAUUCCCAGUCCCUAUCAGAAUCUGCUGCAUCAAGUUCGUGCAGAAAGUCGUGCACGUAGAGACACCCGGUGUGAUUGCAGAUCCUCGACGUCCGGAUCAAAAUGAGACUUCUAUUGCUCUCGUCCCUCGAAAUCAUCCUUUAUUGCAACUACAAAACCUCGAAGCUGAAGCAUCGGGGUUGCUGGAUAGGCUCUUGAGCAUAUUCCAGGAAAAUUCAAUCGACCCCAUCGUCGUCGAUGCCACACUCAACUGCCUUGCUAUUCUGAUCAAAACCAGGCCUUCAAUCUCCACGAAGAUCGUGUCAGCUAUCCUCAACUUCAAUCCGUUCAAACAAGCGAACUCGCCGAUGACGCCGCGGCUCAUGGUCAUCGUAAGGUCGAUGGAGAGGACUACUAGAGCUCUCCUGAGAUGGGUUCUCCGCUCUGUGCCGAAUCAUCCACUCGAACCGAAGAUACAGGCAUACCUUAUGAGGUUGCAACAAUCGCGGUCAACGUUGUUUUCGGACAGUACAGCUCAGAAGCGUCCUGCAGAACCCACCGACGGCUUGGAUGAUGCGAAAAGACAAAGGCUUUCGGGACCACGCAAGUUCCCUCCCAUGCCACCACCUCCGAAUUCUGUUGCACAACUCUUCACGCUUACGGAAGACCCUGCCCUUCAACAAUUUGACGUCAGCCUCCUUCCCGCCGAUAUUGUCAGCACAGUAACAGCUGUGUUCUUGCAACAUCUCGAUUCCAACUCAUUGGACGAAGCCGUCAAUGCCAUCCGCGCGAGAUAUACCCAUCUACAAAAGGCCAGUCAACCCACUCCUGUGCCCGAUGUGCCUAUGGCCGGCCCAACAGGCAUCGAUGACGAUGAUGAUUACGACCCCGAAUUCCUCACCAGUGGAGAAAUGGUGGUGGAAGCCACGACGGAAAAGGCGCUGGAGGAACUUGCGCAGCCGGCUAUCGAUUUGGGUCCAUUCGAGCUGCCGAAACCUCCUCCAUUGACGGGCACAGAAGUUGCCGUGUUGUCCGAUCAGACGGUUGGCCAUGUCUUCCAGCUGGUCGCAUCCCUCGAGGCUGCUGGACAGACACAUGCCAAACAGAAAUUGGGUCUCAACCGUCUUGCUGCAAGUACCAACGACCGCGACUCUUGGGUUACCAUCCUCAUGCGGCUGGCAACUCGAGCGCCUGCUGGACUGGAUGAUGUUGUGGCUGCACUAACAGGGGACGCUGAAUCUAACCAAAUCGUCAAGUCGGAAGAGACCGAAGAACGUAAUGUUGCCAACCGGAUCCGGCAGACUCUUUUCAUGUAUAUCCUGGACGACUUCCGACCCCGGCUGAAUGUCGCCAUCUCCUGGCUCUCGGAAGAGUGGUACGCGGACAAGAUGACGGCCAAGACACAUCCAGAGUUGGGACAUCUCCCAAACUAUACCCGAUGGGUGCAUCGCCUGAUUGAUCGGCUGCUGCCUUAUCUGGACGCCAGGGACAAGAACCUGCUGAUUCGAUUCUUGUCCGAGAUUCCAGCCAUCGAUCGCGACAUCUUGGACCGUGUCAAGAGUCUGGCGAGAGACCCCGAGAGAAUCAGCAUGUGUAUUCUGGCCAUGCAGUAUCUCUUGAUGAUGCGCCCGCCGGUACGGGACAUUGUGCUGGACACGAUUGAGUCGAUAUGGUACGACGGCGAUGCGCAGGCGAAGAACGCAACGGCCAAAGUUCUAGCGAAAUGGAGGCCAGGCUUCUUGGACCAAGCGGGACAGCCCAAGAAGGAGGAAGGUACACAGGAAGAGACGAAACCGAAUGGCCUGAAGAGUCCACCGACUUCCAAAGCCGAUGUGGUGGAUCCUAGAAAGAGGAUGGUGCAGGCGGCUGUUGCUGCAGGUCAUGGUUAA